AUGGGGCCGGACAGAGUGACUGCCCGAGAGCUCUGCGAGAAUGACGACCUGGCCACCAGCCUGGUCCUUGACCCCUACCUCGGCUUCCGCACCCACAAGAUGAACGUCAGCCCCGUGCCCCCGCUGCGGCGACGGCACCACCUGCGCUCAGCGCUGGAGGCUUUCCUGAGGCAGCGGGACCUGGAGGCUGCGUACCGGGCCCUGACGCUGGGAGGCUGGAUGACCCACUACUUCCAGAGCCGGGGCCCGCGGCAGGAGGCUGCCCUCAAGACCCACAUCUACCGGUACCUCCGCGCCUUCCUGCCUGAAAGUGGCUUCACCAUCCUGCCCUGUACCCGCUACUCCAUGGAGACCAACGGGGCCAAGAUCGUGUCCACCCGCUCCUGGAAGAAGAACGAGAAGCUGGAGUUGCUGGUGGGCUGUGUGGCGGAGCUGCGCGAGUCCGACGAGGGGCUGCUGAGGGCCGGGGAGAACGACUUCAGCAUCAUGUACUCCACCCGCAAGCGCAGCGCCCAGCUGUGGCUCGGCCCCGCCGCCUUCAUCAACCAUGACUGCAAACCCAACUGUAAGUUUGUGCCUGCAGAUGGGAACGCGGCCUGUGUGAAGGUGCUGCGGGACAUCGAGCCGGGGGACGAGGUGACGUGCUUCUACGGCGAUGGCUUCUUCGGAGAGAAAAACGAGCACUGCGAGUGCUACACCUGCGAGAGGAAAGGCGAGGGGGCCUUCCGUCUGCGGCCCAAGGAGCCUGGACCACCCCCACCACGGGCCCUGGACAAGUACGAGCUCCGUGAGACCAAGCGGCGGCUGCAGCAAGGCCAGGCCAGUGGUGGCUGGAGGGGCCUGCGGGGCCUCCGGGCCUGCACCCACCCAUCCCCGCUGCACCGUGACCUCUUCUGUGCCGCCUGCCAGCCUCUCCCCAGCCACCCUGAUGCCAUCACACCUGUCUGGCUGCAGUGGUUGUUGCGCCCCUUGUCCCGAGCACGACCCCGAAGACGUCGCCGGCCCCGGCCCCGGAGGACCCCUGCACCCCCACUGCUACCCGCUGUCCGCAUCGCCCUGCACCCGUGGGGCGGCUGCGGGCCCCGCUGCCUGCUUCAGGGGGAGGUGCGGGUGGCUCUGGACCGCCUUCCCCGGGCCCACUGGGCCCCCCAGCAGGACUGGUACUGGGCCCGGCGCUACCAGCUGCCUCGUGUGCUUCGUGUGGACCUCAGCCGCCUGGCCCCGGCCCCGGCCGCCCUGGCUGUCCCCACCAAGCCCCCAGCGCCCAGCCCCGGCCCCGGCCCCAAGCAGGGCCUGGCCUUCACACCCUUCUCCCCACCCAAGCGCCUGCGGCUGGUGGUCAGCCAUGGCUCCAUUGACCUGGACGUCCACGGCACUGAUGAGCCCUGA